UGCCCUGCCCGCAGCUGCUCGCUGCCACCGGACGGGGCCUGGCAGAAUCCUGCCCUGGCACAUGGCACGGGCAGAGCCUGGCCUCUGAGCGCUGCGGAACGCGGGGCAGCGGCGUGGGCAUCGCCAUGGCUGUCUCGUGUGACAGUCAGCUGGAGGGGGAGAGCUGAGGCUGAGGGCAGAGCUGAUUGCUGCCUGCAGCUGCCUGCAGGGAGGCUGUAGCCAGCACUGUCAAGGAAGGAGUGAGCACCAAGAGCAGCAGGACAGCAGAUUGCCUCUCCCCCAGCUCUGUCAUGCAGUAACAAUGGCAGCUUCUGAGGAGGAGAACUUGGUUGUGGCCACCUCUGCCCCGUCCGACGCAGAGUUCGACGCAGUUGUUGGCUGUCUGGAGGACAUCAUCAUGGAGGCACCAAACUCUAACUGGAUGAUGCACUUCUGUUGUGGCCCAGAUGAUGACUUCCAGUUCAUACAGAGGACCUUCAUGGAGAAGCACUACCAGGAGUUUGAUGACUCAGAAGAGAACAAGCUCAGCUACACAGCCAUCUUCAAUGAAUAUAUCUCUUUAGUGGAGAAAUACAUCGAAUCGAAGCUGCUGGACUGGAUCCCUGGCUUCAACAUGGCUGCCUUCACCAUGUCCCUGCAGCAGCACAAGGAUGAGAUGGCAGGGGACAUCUUUGACAUGCUUCUCACCUUUACUGACUUCUUGGCUUUCAAAGAGAUGUUCCUGGAUUACAGAGCUGAAAAGGAAGGUCGAAGCCUGGACUUAAGCAGUGGCUUAGUGGUGACUUCCUUAAACAAAUCGUCAGUGUCCUCCUCCUAGAAGAGCUUUUUGCACUCCUUUUCCUCUCCAGCUGAGAGCUCUGCUGUUGUUUGGACACUAAAGGUGACUCAGCUGUGGCAGUUGGUACAUUGGUCUAUAAACCUGAGUGCUCCCUGGC